AUGGGUGAGGACAUCUUCUUCCCUUCUGUGACGAUGGAGGCGAUUAUUAAGCCGACCCUUGGCACACGAAAUCCCAUCUAUGACAAGUACAACUACGGCAUUCAAUUGCUCGAUAACGAUAAUGUUGGUAUCUGGAUUCGAGCGGACACGGCGAACGCCGCAAAGCAUUGGCCCUCCGCUUAUGUACCGUUUCCCACUGAUGGCGAGUGGCAUCAUGUCGUUGGGGUUGUUGAGAACAAAAAGUCCGUCCGAAUCUACCUGGACGGUGAGUUAAAAAAGACUACCCCGGCACCUGACCCAAUCAGUAUCGCUUACGGUGCCGCGCAAAAGCCGACAAUCGCCUACACACAGCAUUUAGGCGGUAUCUGGUACGCCGGUGCCAUUGACGAAGUUGCCAUUUUUGAAGGGGCGUUAAGUGAUGCCGACGUGAGGAGAUUGCAUACACUGGCGUUGGCAAUUGAAUACACUGGAAAACUGGCGGUAACUUGGGGCACACUCAAGCAGUCAAUGAUUGAACGGAACUAA